AGCUCCGGCGCCGCCGAGGAAGCGCAGGCGAGGAGGAGAGAGCGCGGCGGGGGGAGCGCGCUUCCUCCCCGCGCCUCGCCAGCGCCAGGCGGGCGGCUUUCUGGGCUCCUCGCUGCUCCCCGUGGCAAAAAGAAGCGCCCCUUUUCCGCUCGGCCGCCGCCCCUGGGAAGGCAGCGGCAAAGCUGCGCGAGCGAGUCGGGUCGCUGCCUUCGCCCUCGGCUCAGGGCCCCGGCCCCGCCACCCCUCGCCGCCCCUGUGCCGGACAGAUUGGAACCGCGCAGCGGCUGCCUAACGGAGGGAGCGGCUGUCCUCGGUGCGAAGGUGAGGAAGGAGAAGGCGCUUUGCAGGCGAAGGCCCUGCAAGGGAGGGAGAGAGCAGAAGACACCCCAUGGCGGCCCUGGGGGAGGAGGAGGCAGCCCUGCAGGCGCUGGGGGACGAGGCCACCUGCCCCCUCUGCCUGGACUACUUCAAGCAGCCGGUGGGCCUGGCCUGCGGGCACAACUUCUGUCAUGACUGCCUGGCCCGCCUGGGCAGCGCUGCCUCCUGUCCCCAGUGCCGAGCGAUGGUGGAGCCCAGCAGCACCUGGCCAAACCAGGCCCUGGCCAACAUGGUCCGCCUGGUGAAGAGCCUUCGGCUGUCAGGGGAGAGGGUCGAGGAGGAGAGCAGCCGCCGGCUGUGCCAGGCACACCUGCAGCCCUUGCAGUCCUUCUGCACUGACGAGAAAUGCCUCCUCUGCUGUGGGUGCCUGGGGGGGCACCAGGGCCACAUCCUCCUCUCUCUGCCCGAGGCUGCCCAGCUGUACAAGGGCUCCCUGGAUGCCCUCUUGGAGCCCCUGGAGGAGGAGGCCGAGAAGUUGCUGGAGCGCCGGCAGGCUGAAGAGCGGAGCAGGCUGCAGUGCCAGGAACAGUUUGCCGCCGAGAAGCAGAAGGUCGGCCUGGUCUUCACGGCCCUCUUGGAGACCCUCCGGGAGACGCAGCCCAUCUGGGUGGCGUGGCUGGGAGAGCAGGAGAGGAAGUUGGAGGCAGAACGGGAUGGCACCCUGGCUAAGCUCUCUGGGGAGGCUGCCCGCCUGCAGGAGCUAUUUGCUGAGACAGAGAGGAAAUGCCGCCGGCCAGACUGGGAGUUCUUGCAGGACAUCCGGGACACCGUUGACAGGUGCGAGAGCUACGUCGUGGGGCACAUAACGAGUGUCUCCCCCAAGCUGCAAGACAGACUUGGGACCAUCUUGGAGAAAAAUGGUGCUCUACGGCAGAGGGUGGAAAAGUAUAAUGCAUCUCUGAAGACAGCUCUGACCACAAAGAACUUAGAGCAACUUCUGGCCAAAGUAGCUGCUCCGCAGAAGCCAGGACUGACUAAAGCCACCAUCUCCCUGGACGACAGGACGGCCCACCCCCGACUCCAGUGCCUGCGUUUGAAAGUGGCUUGGGCCAAGAACUUCCAGGAUCUCCCGGACAGGCCGGAGAGGUUCGACAGGGAAUUCUGCCUUCUGGGCUGUGAAGGGUUCGUCACAGGGCAGCACUGGUGGGAAGUGUCCGUGCACUGCCUGCAGGGUGACCAGAUGUGGGGCCAAGUGUGCUGGGCCAUCGGGGUGGCCAAGGAGUCCGUCCGAAGGAAGGGGAAUCUCCAGCUGAACCCCCAGGAGGGAAUCUGGGCUGUGGGGAGGAGCAGCCAGGUACAGGUGGUGGCGUUCUCAGCCCCAUUUUUGAAGAAGCUGUACCUGCAAAAGAACCUGACGAAGGUGCGGGUGAAACUGGACUACGAGGCCGGGGAGGUGGAAUUCUUUGAUGCGGAUACUGACAAAUCCAUCUACACCUUCUGCGCUGGCCCCUUCCUUGGGGAGAGGAUCCUUCCCUUUUUCUAUCUUGGGGAGGCGACAACCACCCUCUUCCUCACAUAGCAUCCCUCAAGGAACCUCUGGCGGGCAGGGGGUGGAGAGCAGCCCCUCCUCUGCAGGGUUCCAGAUCAAGGCAUCUCCCCAAUCCCUGUUCAUCUGUUCUUUUCCCGGGGGGGGGGCUGUUAAGAGAGCUCUUCCUCAGAGCCAAUGCAACUAUAGUUCAGUUCUUGGUGGGCAGGGUGGGUAAGAGGAACUUGAAGCAGAAGAGGAGGGGACUUCUUGGUUCGGCCCCAACUCUUGGUGCCUUCAAGGCUGCGUCUGGGUGUUCUUGGCAAGAUGAUGAGAUGGUUUCCCUUGCCCUCUUGGGUGUUUUUUUCAACCCUCACAUCUAAUCUACUAUGGUUUCCUGGUGGUCUCCCUUCCAUGUAUUAGCCAAGUCCAACCUUCUGUAGUUUCUUCAAGAUCAGCCAAAGCUGGUUUGGAACUGCCAGGAACGUCUUGGCUACAAAUGGCUGGAGGACUUUGAUUGGCAGCUGUCUCUGGGCAGGAAGAGGCCUGCCGGUGGGACGGUUGGGGUCAGGCGGGUGGGAACGAGCACGGAAGAAGACCCUGCGUGUCCCGCUGUGCAGGGGGGUGCGUGGGAGGCAGCAACCCCUCCUGGCCGUGCUGAGCACCUGGUCAAGAGGCGCCGCCCCCCCCACAUGCGGUCUGAGAGUCCCUUGCUCAGCCCUUCCGUCCUGGCUGGGUCCCUGGAGCCACCUCAUGCUGUAUGUGGGAACUUUAUUGUACUUUAGUGGAUUGGUGGCUCACAUUUUCGGUGAGAGAUGGAUAAAGCUUUUUCAUCAUUAAAAAUUACCUCUGAACAUCUGCAUGUUAGUAU